AUUCAUUGGGGUCCUUCCCACCUCUGCUUUACAUUACAUAACGUUCUUCUGGGCAGCCUCAGGGCUUUGGCCAACUUUGUGACUUUAUGCAAUGCUCAGUGCUGUGUCAUACCUAAUAAGAACACUCCAGGCGGUUUAUCUAAUGAGCUCCAUCAUCACAGCUAUGCCAAUACGACCCUCUUCCCAGGUUCCCACCUACCUAGCGUAGAAAAGAGUGAAGUGAGAAGAGCCUUGAUGCCAGAGGAACUGAGUCUGAAUCUCCAUUUUCUUGUAAAGCAGCUGUGUGACCCUGAUAAGUUUCUUAAUCUCUUUGAGCCUGUAAAAGUUUACUUACUGGGAAUGCUGUCCAGAUCUCAAGCUGCCCAGCAGCGAUCCAGCCUGAGGUUGGAGGCCCAGGCCCAGACUGCCCUGGUCUCCCCUCCACUGCCCAGGACCCCCACCCAGAGUGACCUUAGGUUGCUGAGGGGUAUCCCAGACAGUUGGAGUGUGGAUGUUUCCGUCACAGAGUUGGUCCUGGGGAGGCUGGGCAUCCUAUCCUUUCUAGCAGGCCUUGCUCUUGUCUCAAUGACAGCCCUGUUACAACCGUGCAUUAUGACAAAAACCAAGUGCCAGAAAAUCUUCAACAAGGAGAUCUGCAGCUAUAAGGUGGUGGAACAGAAUGAUCCAGAGAGGACCUGUAUUGUCCUGUAAUGUAAUGUGCUUCCAGUGGGCCUAGGGGUUCCAGCCUGAGAGGGCCCACGUUCUCCCAGGCCAGGCCUUGUUCUUUUUGGCCUCUAACAGUCUGUGAUUGUGUAACCUUAUCUACCCGUAAAAAAGGUUUUGAGAAAACACUUGAAUCUGUGUAUGCUUUUAGUUCAUAAAUUAUGUAUGCAUUAGUUUAUAAAUUACAUGUAUUAUAAAGCAUGCAAACAUUGCAAGGAGAUGGAAAAUGUGAA